UGAAGUUUUAGCUACACUGGGUGAAACUUUCAAAUUUAAAAAUGCCAAAAUAUUAUUGUGACUAUUGUGAUACCUAUUUGACUCAUGAUUCUCCAAGCGUGAGAAAAACACAUUGUACAGGUCGAAAACACAAGGAUAAUGUUAAAUUCUUCUACCAAAAAUGGAUGGAAGAACAAGCACAACAUUUGAUUGAUGCUACAACGGCAGCAUUCAAGGCUGGUAAAAUAGCAAAUAAUCCAUUUGCCCAGCCUGGAAAAGGAGGUGUUGCUAUUCCACCACCAGCACAACUCACAAUGGGCCAGAGACCAGGGGGACCAGGAAUGAUACCACCAGGAGCAAUGGGACCUGGUGGUCCAAUGCCUCCAAUGAUGAUGGGACCACACGGACCAAUGCCACCAAUGAUGGGAAUGAGACCUCCAAUGAUGGGUAUGCCCAUGGGACCGAUGGGACCUAUGGGUCCUAUGGGACCAGUUCGUCCGCCUAUGGGGCCACCAAUGAAAAAUUAGUGAAAAUUCAUAAAGAGGACAAUUAUUUUGGUAUUCUAAAUACUAUCCAUUUGAAGCUUUAAGAGUGUUUAUAGUAUAGUGGAAUUAUAUAUUUAAUUAUUAAGUAACAUUUAAUAUAUUCUUAUGAGAUAAA